AUGGCAGAGUUAGAGAGAAGGUGUGUACGAAUACGAUUACAGCAGCAGCAGCAGCAGCCAAAUUGGUUGGAGCUUCCAAGCGAACUCGUUGAAUUAAUUAUGAAAAAACUUGGUUUGGUGGACAUCACUCGGUUCAAAGCAGUUUGUAGAUCUUGGUAUAAGGCUGGGAAUUCCUAUACAUGUGGAUUGGUAUAUUCUCCUAAUAAUCAAUCUCCAUGGCUGAUGUUUCCUAGUAGUGAAUGUGAAAGCCCUCACAAAAGGCAUUUGUGCUUCUUCAAUUUUGCAGAGCAGAAGCAGUACAAACUCAAGAACGUGUUCCAAGGCCUAGGCCCUGGAUUUGACAAUCCGUAUUGCGUGGGAUCCUCAUAUGGGUGGCUCAUAGUUUUUGACAAAAAAUCCAAUAAUGGAUGCAUACUCAAUCCAUUCUCAGGAUCUAGAAUCAAACUCCCAACCAUCACCAGUUUUAACGGCUUUCGUGUUACCAAAGCUAUCCUCUCCUCUGAUCCGACGCCACCACGAUCUUGUACCAAAAGCAGCAGCUUUUGGAUCGUAAUUAUGCAUGGACUUAUCUGCGGACGUCUUGCCUUCUACAACUACAAGCAUGGAGGAGAUCAUGAAGACAACAACAAUAUUAAUAAUAAUACGUGGACUGGGUUUGGAGAAUUCUUUUUAUACGCCGAUCUAAUAUUCCACAAUAAUCACCUCUAUGCACUGCAAUACCAUGAAACCGGACCAUUAGUGCCCGGAGGCAGGAAUGACUUAGUUGAAGUAUGGGACUUUGACAAUUAUAUUCCAAAGAAAGUUGCAACAUUUAAAAAUCCUUCUUUUCCAUUAGGUAUCAUUAAUCCUGGAGUUAAAAAAUCUUGCUAUAAUAUCUAUUUGGCAAAAUCAUUGGAUGAUGAGAUUUUGUAUGUGUUACGGGUUUCUGCAAAGGUUACCAUUGAUAAUGAUACAGACCACUACACAGAUGAAUGUUACGUGUAUAAGCUGGUUUAUAGUAGCCAAAGAUGGGAAGAAAUAGUGAAAACUUUUGGGGAUGGUGGUCAGUCACUGUUUCUAGGUGAAAAUCAAUGCAUCUCAAUUUAUGCUCGAAAGUUUCCAGAAUGGAAAGAAAAUUCAUUAUACAUCACCGUUCGUCCUUAUACUGAUCGAUUUAAAAUAAAUCGAUAUUUUGAAUAUGUUCAUAAAGUUGGAGUAUAUCACUUACAAAAAAAGGAUCAGAACCAUUUUAUGGAAUUAAAUUUGAAUUGGGAACAUUAUUAUUGGACAGCUUUUUGGAUUGUUCCUAAUCUUUUUUAA